UUCUCUGGUCUUGCUGAUCUAAUGACAAAAAAACGACGAAGUCCUUAUUGAUGACUUUGCGAAGUUCAAUAAUUUCCUAAUGGUCAGAGCUAUCGAACUAGCGUCAAAUUCCGCUUGUAAAAUAAAUAAUUGUUUUCACUUGCCGCCUCGUUGCUGUGUAAUGCCAAAUAUGCUUAUUUUGCAAGUGAAUGAACUCGAUAUUCGUUUUCUGAAUUUGAAAAGAAUAGCAACGUUAUAAUUUAAUGUUUUAAGGUCUAAAAUGGUUUUUUGAAUUUCAUUGAAAUUUCACUACGUGACACUUCCCCCCGGCUUACAAAAGAUAGGCUCUAUCUUUGGCUAAAGAAAAAAAAUUAAAAAAAGGAAAAAUUCCUUAAGAGUAAUCAUUAGCAAAUUGAAAAUAGUUGAUACAAAAAACAUUGCUUGAAUAUUAAAGAACUACAUUUAAUUUACAAUUAUUAAUGUUUUUCGCGACACACAUUUUUAACAAUUAUUACAUUAUGACAUUAUUUAAAAUAAACACCCACUAGCAUACCAACACUCAUGAGUUCGCACUUUCGUAUCGUCUUUUUCUUGAGGAGAGAACCCGUGUGGUUUGGAUCAAGGUCAGCAUCACGUUUCCAUCGUUGAAAAAAUAGGGCAAUUGUAGACAAUAAUAAAGCAUACUAACACGUCAGGAAUUAUACAUCGAUGCUUGUAUAGGUAAUUUUGCUUGGGUCGUUCCCCGUUGGCGUGUCAGAUGAUCCGUUAGCUCGCCCACCGUAUUCUUGGCUGUAUUUUUUAACAGCAGUUUUGAAAAUAAAAUCAAGUUCAUGGGAGUUAAAACUGCUGAUGUAUUCUUUUUAUAUAUUAUGUUUCUUAAUAAUCUUCUGGACGUUGCAGUUUUUCUCAUAUUGCUGGGCGCUGGUCCAGUAUUGUAGUCAGUAGAAAAAUGUUAGUUGAAAUAAAGUUUGCCAACUCGCUCCGUGGUUUUCUCAUUGUUGUUUAAUUUUUAUAAAUUGUAUAUUAUGGGAACUGUAUGUGAAGUGAACAGCUCCAUCGUUUUCCUUCUAUCCGUGACCAUUGAUAAGGUGAUGAAGUGGUAUAUUAACGUAAACAAUCCAGAGUCACAAGAAUUGAGGGAUGAUCGAAACAGCAGUAUUUAUAGCUUCAAUGUAGCUGUUGGUUCAGCAGAUAUUCAGGCACCCGCAUUUAUCCGUCCAACCUCACGAGACGAUCGAUAUGCCGCUAUCAAACGAAAAUGUUGUAUGUCGACUCCUGCUGCAAUUCAAGUUAUAAAUUCCAGAACACCUUCCAAUCCCCAAAAGGUACGCUCCAUAACGCAAAAAAAUUGCAUUACAAAUAAAUUGCAAAUUGGGGGUACCCCAUGGAUGGUUCGUCUUCCUGUUAAGACUUGGAUGGUAAUUGGCAUUGACGUUUAUCAUAGUCAAGGUAACCAAUCCGUUUGUGGUUUUGUUGGUAGUCUAAACGAAAACUUCAUGCGGUGGUUUAGUAUCACCAUAUUCCAAGAGAGAGAGUUUGGAAACCAAUUAAAAGUUGCGUUUGCGAAACUCCUCGAAAGAUUUCACGAAAUAAACGGAACAUUUCCCCAGAAAAUUAUAAUAUUUAGAGAUGGCGUCGGUGACGGACAACUAGCCCAUUGUCAUGACUAUGAAGUGGUAUGUUACCCCGGUAGGGGUUGGAAUUGGUGUCCCUUUCGGACCAGAUACCGUAAAUUUGAUAUGCUCUUUCAUUUUAUUGGUUUUGGUCAAGCAAUUAUUUGGUUUUGUGGAUACAUCGGUGAUUUGUGGGCGGCUUGGUGUCCUUUGCAGGUUUUUUCUCCCGUAUGUGUAAAUAAAGUGUUGAGUGCCCCAAGGGUGUUUGGCUUUAAUAACGACACGACGACGGGUAUGCCUGUUUUCUUCGUAUUUAGUGCUGUUCGGGUCCGUCCUUUCAUUGGUUAUGCCUUGAUUUGGAUUAAUGAUGGGGAGUUCUCCCUCCAAGUGCAUGAAAUUUGGAUGCUGUGUGGUGUCUCAUGAAUUAUUCGUCGCGUUACAUAUAAAAAGA